AAUAGAACACUACACUUUUGGAGGCUCAGUUGUCAACAUCUCAUCUGCUCGAUUUAAUUUUUUCGAUCGACUAAUUAAGGAUAUGUCUGAUAUUCAUACCUUGCGCACAAGAAGGUCUCGAACAUUAAGAGAUGACAGAAGCAGCGAGUGUUCAAGCAAGUACAAAGAAGAUGCUUUGGGUGCCUUAAGAAGUCCCAUACGAUCAAAUGAUGACUCAAGUAGAAAACAUUUUAGAAGAGAUAGACAUGGACGGAUCCAGAGACGACAGAAAAUGAGUUCUCCAUACAAGAGAGAAAUGCCACUGAAUUCCAUUGAACACUUUCCACCACUGGGAUCAGCUCUAACUCCUGAUCUGUCUUUCAAACUGACAAAUGAACAUCGAGCAUCUCGUGGAUGGUGUGAGCAGGUGGAUGAAUUUGAAACUAGAACACAAGUCGAGAGAGAAAACCUUCAACGCUUCAGACGAAAACUGGACAUGAAUGCUGAUAAAGAUAAGAAGCGAUUUGAAGUUGAAGAUGAUGAGGUUGUGCUUGCUCGCAGACAAAAGACACUUGACUAUGGCAAAAAUACCAUUGGAUAUGACCGGUACAUCCAAACCAUUCCAAGGGCCAAGAGACAGAAGUGCCACCCAAAGACCCCAAACAAAUACUGGAAGGUGAGCCGCCGAUCCUGGGACACCCAGGUGAAGUCAUGGAGGAAGAAGCUCCACAUAUGGGAUCCACCCUCCGCAGGGGGCAAACAUAACACCAGCACUGAUGCAGCUUUUACAGAUUGUUCCUCGGAAGGAUCUCUUGAAGCAUCCAUGGAGCGUGAUCUCAACUUGGACUCGGACAACUAUUCUGACUCAGAAUCAACGUCUUCAGUUUCCUCGACCAAGCGAUCCAAACCUUCUGUCUCCCCAGUAUUCAUGGUGCCAAACUCUAUCAUCCCUCACACCAAGACCGAUAUCCCCAGCAGUAUCAAGCAGAGCUCACCCAAAAAGUCUGAAAACACAGACAAAGAACUGUUGAAGAAAUUUUCCAUAGACGAUUUUGAAAUGGAUAAUCCUGAAGAAAUUGACAACUGGGAGUGAAGGCAUCUUUUAUGCCUCAUCAAUGCUCUCAUUACAAUUAUUCCAUCUCAUUAGAUUGUUAUGCAUUGUUCAAAAUGUUUGUCUUUUUCUGUCUUUUUCCCCCCGUAUCUCUUUAUGUCAGACCUCAGGAACACUUGAAUGCAUGAUAAAUAACAACUUGUAUUUGUCCUACCCAAACCACUAGUGGACAGUUGUUUUUACUGGCAGUAAUACAAGUAUCAGUAUUGAUAUAACCACUGGAUAAUGGAAACUUGAUAAAACAAUCUAGGAUGAUGAAAUUUUUACCAACAAUGUGAAAAGUAAACAUAAAAUAAUACUGAGGGCUUCAAAGUCUUGUGUAAGUGGUGCCCCAACUUAAAGGUGGGUCCUUGAGAUUUGAAUCUUCGGAUCUCUCCUUUAUUUUCUCAUUCCCCGUCCCCCCUUAUAUUUUGUCAUUGUCAUUAACAGUAUGACCUUUGACCUUCAAGACAUCUUGCUAGGACUAUGUACAUGUGAAACUGCUUGAAAAAAUCGAUCAAACUGGUACAGGCUUACAAAUAUGGCAAUACUUUAUUUGUCAUCCUACCGUAUUUUUGACUUUUUUGGUUUUGUAAAUCCUGUCAUGGCUAUCUCCACAUUUUAUUACGGUACAUUACAAAAAAUGACAAUGGCUCAUGAUUAGUUGCAUAAUAAUCACUGUGGUACCAAGUUAGUGUCAUUUGUUGAUGCUGCUCAUUGAUUGGUUUCAUCAUGCUUCAAUAGGAUAAUGGUUCGGCUAAUUAUGAUCCUUGUUCACUGAAGUAAUGACUGUCAACUACCUGCCCCGUGUUGGGCUGUCCUACCACAUUAACACGUGUAGCCAAGAGACACCAGGGGGUUCAGUUCCCCAUGUGGGUACAAUAUGUUUAGACCAUUUCUGAUGUGCCCUGUUGCGAUGUUCCUGGAUUAUUGCUAAAAAUGGGUAUGCCAUAUUCACUCACUCGCUCGCCCGCUAUCACAAUAAACUGACAAGUCGUCAAAUGGCUGAAAUGUUGUGUCCAACCUGGUGCAUGUAUAAUCGGAACUACAUGUAUGACAAUGUUUACAUUGCCUGGAACUGAAAGUACACUGCAACAUCUAUUCUCAUUUACAAUUUUUCUACCCAGCUUCAUCACCAAAAGUGAAAUGUUAUGUUAAACAUUGUCUUUUUGUACAGGUUACAAAGAAAUCAAUUUAGAAGCAAUAAUUGACAUAUUUGGAAUAUGGCUGUGUCGCAGUGAGCCUGACUAAAGUUGUACAUACAGCAUCUGUAGGUGUUUGACAGUGCAUUUCACUGUAUGAUGAGCCGUCUUCACGUAUCAAAAUUGGUUGUUGACACCUCUCAAUAAAAGUAAUGAUUGAUAUUUUUAGAGAAAAAUACACAAUUUAAAAAAAAAAAAAAUCAUCAAGUUUGACAAUAUUUAGCAGUUCAUUUGGAAUACUGGAACCUGUUGAGAUAGUGAUAAAAGUGAACUUGUGUGCUAAAUUUGUAUUACUGAAUUCGUGUAAUUACUAUUUACCUGUGAAGGAAAUAUGUGUGGUGGAUUUGAUGCAGCUCUUUUAUGUAUAGAAAUCCAUGUACUUGUUUAUUUAUAUUGACAGUUAAAGAUUGUUGUAGCCACUCUGUGCAGGAAAACGUUUGUAUGGAGCCCCGCUGAAAAUAAAGAUUUUAAUGUGAAUAAGUUGA